AUGCCAUUAUAUGCUCAGUACAACAAGCCAAUAGGAGAACAAUCUAAUUUUGCCUUAUCGCCAGAUGAAUCUGCUCAAGCCCAGCUGGUUACUCCUCAGCUGGCCGCCACACCGCCUUCACCAUCAUCCCAAUUUCAAGUUCUGCCAUCUUCUCUUCCUCCUGUUGAUAAUUCCUCUAUCCCUUCCGUCUUGACAUCCUCUUUUUCGACUCCCUCGUCGCUUCGGUCUGCCAAUCAUAAGGACAUCGGGUCUCCAGCUCACAUAGCUUUUCCUGGACAGACAGUGCUUAUUUUCUGUCUGGACCCCGAAGCUGAAGCCUGUCAGCCCGGCUGUCUGCCUGAGGAUCAGGUGCUUGGUCAUAGCAUUGCGACCGAUUCAGACGCUAGCAGUCUCGUCUGCCGUAACUCGGACAGCUGGUCUGAUCCAGGCCAGUCGGUUGUUGUGACAAAUGCAUCAGUAAAGCCGGUUGGGACUGCAGCUCUACAGGAGAAGGGGAAUAAAGUGGAGGAAGCAAACACCUCGAAGUCAGAGGCAGUUGUUGGCCUUCUCAGAUCAGGCGGUCCUUCUCUUGUUGUCAGCACUGGUCGAGGAAAUAGACAGUCCGGGAUCUUUCCCAAUAUGUAG